GCUCAAUUGCACCAAAACACACUUCAAACCUCUUUUAGCGGCAUUUUUUCUUUCUUUCUGUGUAGCUCUAGAAACCUCGUCACACGUGUACCGGAAUAAGACAAAGGACCGUUCAAUCAAUGCCUCACCCGGCUGUGUUGAUAUUGCAAGCCCUUGUUCUUUAUGCAAGAUACCCCUUCCAUAGUCGAUGCAUAGACGCCUGCACCAUUGCUGUUUCUAUUUCAUUCCCGUCCCACACCCAAGCUCUGGACAUUGACUCCCAUUCACGUUUCCUGGAAUAACUGGGUUCGUCUAUCCCGGUCAAGAUGGCAGUUGCGCUUGCUACGCGUCUAUAAAUAUUCGGACGCCUCCCCUAAGUGGGCCUCUACGUAGUUUUCUCACGCCCCUCCAUAUCAAUAUAAAAUGAGAGCUUCCACCGUUUCUGCCGCUACUUUGUAUGCUGCCUCGUUGGUCCUUGCUAUUGGAGACACCUCUGACCCAGACGCUAACCCAUGCUACAUCACCGCUUUCGUAGAUGACUUCAAGGCUCACAUGGGCGAUUACGCUCCAUACACCAACCAGAUUCCAGCCAACUUGUUGAGUUUCGCUAUGAUGGCCGAAACCUACACCGACAACUCUUACACCACCUUGUUGGGUGACAACUUCGACUACGCUGAGGUUGAGUCUGUCGUUACCUUAUUCCCCUUCUACUCCACUAGAUUGGCCCCAGCCUUGGAAGCUGGCUCCUACCAGUGUAACCAGGCCCGCAAGAAGGCCAAUGCUGCUUCCGCCGCUGGCGUGUACACCACCUACACUACCGAAAUUGACUCAACCGCUGCUAACGGUGAUGUUUCAAAGGAAACCGUGGUUGUUAUUGUCACCUCUGAUUCUAAUGGUUCUUUAAGUACCACUACUUCAGACGUGGCUGGCGGUCCUUACACCACUUACACCACUGGUGUUGCUGUCACUGCCGCUAAUGGUGACGUUUCUACCGAGUCCGUAGUUGUUGUUGUCACCUCUGACUCCAAUGGUUCUUUGACCACUAUUACCGAAGGCGGUAGUGGUUACACCACCUACACCACCGAAAUUGACUCUACUGCUACUAACGGUGAUGUUUCAAAGGAAACCAUGGUUGUCAUUGUCACUUCCGAUUCUAACGGUUCAUUGACCACUAUCUCCUCCAACGCCGGCAGUAAUGGUGAAACCACCUACACUACCGGUGUUGCUGUCACUAACUCCAACGGUGAUGUUUCUACCGAAACCAAGGCUGUGGUUGUAGCCACCAACGCCGGUGGCUCUUUAACCACCUUCACCACCGAUGCCAGUGGUAAUGGUAACGGUAAAACCACCUACACCACUGGUAUCGCUGUUACCAACUCUAACGGUGAUGUUUCUACCGAAACCAAGGCUGUGGUUGCUGUGGUUGUAGCCACUAACUCCGAUGGUUCUUUAACCACCAUCACCACCGAUGCCAGCAGUAGUGAUGACUCUACCACCACCCUCACCGAUGUUGUCAGCGGCUCUAGCUCUUCUGAUGAUUCCACCACUACCCUCACCGAUGUCGUUAGCGGCUCGAGCUCCUCUGAUGACUCCACCACCACCCUAACCGAUGUCGUCAGUGGUCCUAGCUCUUCUGAUGACUCCACCACCACCCUCACCGAUGUCGUUAGCGGCUCUAGCUCUUCUGAUGACUCCACCACAACCAUCACCGAUGUCAAAUCCGCUUCUAGCGAUGCCACCACCACUCACACCACUACCCGUACCAACGCCGCUGUUGUUCAAGCUGCUGGUGCCGGUUCUGCUGCCCUUUUCGGUUUGGCCGGUUUGUUGUUGUUAUAAGUCUU